AUGACAUCAUCACCACAACCACAAUCACAAUCAUCACAGUCACAGUCACAAUCGCGUCCACUGCAUAAUGAAUUAUUACAACAAGCUAAAAUAAAUCAAAUCAAUGAAUUGAAAAAUUCCUCGAUUUAUUCUAAACAAUUAAUUCAAUUAUUAACUUCAAUAAUUAAAGUAAAUUCAAUAUCAGAAUCAUCAGAAUUAGUCGAUAAAAUAACUACUAUUCAUCAACUAAAUCAAACUAUAGAUAAACAGCUAAAUCAAGAUAUAUCUAAAAAUUUCUAUGAAUUAAUGAAAUAUAAAACCAAAUUGGAAAAUAUAAUAAGAGAAUGUCAUGAUAUAGUUGAAGAUAUUAACACUUUACAAUCCAGAAGUGAAUUAAUUGAUCAAGAUUUACGAAUAUUGGAAAAUACUUUGAAAUUAGUUAAAAAAUGA